CACUUAGUCUGGGCACCAGGAACUACUACCGCGCACCUUGCAUGGAUAUCCUCCAAUCACAAUCUCUACUUCUACGGCUCCAUCGUACGUUUCCGGAAGGUCCACAAGCUCUGCUUUAUUGGCGACUGCAUCAUGCUCUGUGAUUGCUUAUCCACUAUCAACCUCUGCCCGAUGGCACGGCCUACGCGGCCUGCACGGCUGACAUACUGGACGCUUGGAUUUUCACGUAGAGCAUCUCUCCUUCUCUUCCGGGAUAAGUGCCGGGGUGCUUGUCCAGCCGCCAUGCCUCGUGCUUGGUCCUCAAAUACCGCUGUUUGCCUCAAUUCACUGUCUCCAGCUUGGGUAGCGACCGCUCGUCUGUCAAUCUCAACAUGA